CUCCUCUGGAUUCUCAGUUUCUUUUUCUUUAAUAAAAAAAAAAAACUAUUUUUAGUGUGUCUUUACACUUUUUCCAUUUUUAGUCUCAUUAUUCAUCACGAGAGAAAAAAAAAUCAAUCUGUUCUUGCCUUCAGCUUCUCUGUUUCUACAUUUUUUAAAUUUACAAAAAAAGGAAAGACGAGUUUAUUUGACUGCGUAGAGAAGAAGAUUAGAGAAGAAAGCUUCAAGGAGAUAGAUAACUUUUGCAGAAAACGUGACAACAUUAUAAUAUAUCGAAAAAAGUUCUCGUGCUUGGUCCGAAUUUGACGAAAAAACAAAUCCAGACAAAUCUGGAAAUUCAGACAAAUCUGGAAAUUCAGACAAAAGAUGUUCGGGAUCCAAAACAGAAGAGACUUAACAAUGGAGCUCCAAUCACAAAUCCCAAUCCUCCGUCCCAGCAUCCACGCCCGUCGAGCCAACAUCAUCGUCAAGUUCCAAGACAUGUACGGUUUCACGGUGGAAGGAAACGUGGACGACGUUAACGUCUUGAACGAAGUUAGGGAGAGAGUGAGGAACCAAGGGAGAGUCUGGUGGGCUCUUGAAGCUAGCAAGGGAGCUAACUGGUAUCUCCAGCCUGAGAUUUUGUUGAUAGGAGGCGGGAUUGCGUUGAAGACGUCUUUGAAGAUCAAGACUUUGACUAAUGCGAUUACGUUGAAGAGGUUGGUGAGGAAAGGGAUUCCUCCUGUGUUGAGGCCUAAGGUUUGGUUCUCUCUUUCUGGUGCUGCUAAGAAGAAGAGUACUGUUCCUGAGAGUUAUUAUAGUGAUUUGACUAAGGCUGUUGAUGGGAUGGUCACGCCUGCGACGUUGCAGAUUGAUCAUGAUCUGCCAAGGACUUUCCCUGGCCAUCCAUGGUUGGACACUCCAGAAGGUCAUGCUGCUCUAAGACGUGUGCUUGUUGGUUAUUCCUUUCGUGAUUCUGAUGUUGGCUAUUGUCAGGGACUAAAUUAUGUUGCAGCCUUACUAUUACUUGUCAUGAAGACAGAAGAAGAUGCCUUCUGGAUGCUAGCUGUUCUUCUGGAAAAUGUAUUAGUCCGUGACUGCUACACAACAAACUUGUCUGGAUGCCAUGUUGAGCAGAGGGUAUUCAAAGAUCUGCUUGCUCAAAAAUGUCCUCGAAUAGCUUCUCAUCUUGACGAUAUGGGCUUUGAUGUUUCCCUUGUAGCCACUGAGUGGUUUCUAUGCCUCUUCUCCAAAAGCCUUCCUUCAGAGACAACUCUAAGAGUUUGGGAUGUACUUUUCUAUGAAGGAGCCAAGGUUCUUUUCCAUGCAGCUUUAGCAAUAUUCAAGAUGAAAGAAAACGAAUUGCUUAUGACUCACCAAGUCGGUGAUGUAAUCAACAUAAUACAGACUACCUCACACCAGCUCUUUGACCCGGAUGAGUUAUUAACGGUGGCCUUUGAGAAAAUUGGAUCCAUGACUACCAACACCAUAUCUAAGCAGAGGAAGAAGCAGGAACCGGCUGUGAUGGCAGAACUUGACCAGAGACUGAGGAGACUCAACUCUCUUAAAGAAACUGGUAAGAACACAUAAAACAAAAGUUGGUUUGGGAGAAAGAUGAGCCAUGAAGCUGUACAAGGAGGGAGUCCAAUGCCUUAUAUACUUUACCCCUCUUGAUGGUCUUUUUAUUCUUCUUCUUCUGCUAAAGUAAAUAAAAUAGGAUUUCUAAUUUUGAAAGCAAAACUGAAGACCAAUAAUAUCCAUUUUCUGAGAUGGUAAAUGUCAAGUUUCUUCUUUUCUUUUUUUGAUAUAAAUUAUAAUUUGUU